AUGUCGAAGCCAAAACCUCGCGAGUUAAAGCUAAGAAAAGCAUCACAACCUGGCUUCGUCUCCAAGAAACUUGCUGUAGGAGCAAUGCAAAGAGAAGCGCGACGCCUAUACAAAAAUUCAGACUUGAUCCAAGAAUCUAGAAGCAAAUACUUUGAAGAAAGCUCGAUGGAGAUACACUUUGGAGAACGCCCGAACUCAGAUGAUUAUAGGAGAGAGUUCGGUUUCUGUAAAAUUGAACCCACCAAACUGGAAGACGAAGAAAGCGGAGAUGACGUGCCAUCAAGUACAGAUAACGAGAGCGAAGAUGAAUAUUGA